AUACAGGGAUCAAACACACAACCUUGGUGUUAUUAGCACCAUGCUAUAAGCAACUGAGCUAAUCUCGGGUUAGAUUCUACUGCACCAAAUGGAAAGUGUUUUCCAUCCUAUUUUCAAAGUUCCAGUGGCAAGUAGCCUGGGAAAGAAAAAAAAGAAACCUGUAUUCUCCAUCUCUACUGUACACUUGCUCAACAGUCAUGAAGUCAUGUCCUAGACCAGAGGCAAAGAGAGAGGUGAGGGUUGAUGCAACACCCAACCUGGAAAAUUCUGAUUCCAAACAGCAUCUAAGGACCAUUGCUUAGGAUUGAGGAAGUUCUUCAGCACAAUCCAUUGCAAAUAGCAGUUGCAGAGUUCUUGAAUGAAUGAGAGGAAAAAGGUGACAAUACAUCUGUAUAUACUAUUAGUAAGAGAGCCAUUAUAAUAUAAUAUAGUGCUGCUUUUAAAAGGUUGUUGGAAAACCUGGAAGAUUCAACAGUGGUAAGAAUGAUUCAUGGUAUGGAAGAACCUGAUUUUCAAAGAGCAAUCACGGAAGUUCAUUCCAUUAAGUUUAACAAACAUAAGUUUAAAGAUUGCUUAAAUUUUGGCUAUAAUUACCAAUACAAGGACAGAUUAUCUAGUAUUUCAGCACUUUCUAAUUUAGUUAUCAUAUGAAACCACUGCAUUGCAAGCCUGAACUCUUUGCUCCUUAAGAGGUGCAGAGAAUCCUGACUGGACUUGGUACUGUGGGAAAAGCUGGUCUUGAGUGUAUUUGUCAAAAAAUUUGCUGGCACCCUGGAUAGUGGAUGAGACAUAAUACUGACUUUGGUAACUUCACAGAUGUUUUCUGAAGGAAUCCAGCACUAAUAUUGCUCAAGGUCUGUCUGCUAACAAAUGAGAAAGACACAUCUUAAUUGCAUUCAGCAAUGGGGUUCAGUUCUAAAGGUGCCAAAUUUGGUGGGCAGCCUCUUUCAGAAGAGAGCUGUUGUCACACUCUGUGAUAUGAAUGCACAGUAGACUAAAGGCGCCUUUACUGACUUUGAAGAAGCAGGCUGAAAGGUCAAUUUUCUAGUUCUAGAGCUAUUUUUGUCUUAAAAAUCUCAGGAUAAGCUUGCUUCCCCAGAGCUGCUGGUAGCAGGAAAUAGUAUUAUGGGUUCUACUGCCUGAGUAGUAAUCAAUGUCCUGUGUAUAGUCCUCUGCCAUGCUAGUCAAACAGAUCAAGUUGUUGGAGAUUUUCUUCCUUAAGGAAUUGUACAAAGACAUUCUAACAUAACCCUCCAACAGCAAUUACUUUGGUCUGAAACUCUUAGGAAACAGAAAAUCCCAAAAUUCAGUUAAUCUUCCUGCUUAAUAUAUGGCACAUAAAUUCAGCAGAACAAUUCAUUGUGAUGUGAAAAAGUAUUCGAGGUACUUCUGAGUACAGGAUAAGAUCCCUUGCUCUACCAGGUUUAGCAUUACAGGAGAUGUUUUCCCAUUCCUGCAGUGAUGUGCUAUUCAGGGUAUGUAGGCAUUAAUCUGUAUAAACUCUGAGGAAGGGGUGGAGAUCCCACAACCAAAAACGUCCACAAUUAAGGGGAAAUUACAGGGCAGUUACGCUACCUUCAAGCAGCUGGAAAGCUGUGGUUGGCUUGAAAUAACAUUUCUCCCAUAACCAGCAGCUCUUCAGGUUUUUCAGUGCUCACCACCCUGUUGCUGCUUACCCUUCGCCCCCACCCCCCCGGUGGUUGCCCCAGCAAAAUAUCAGAAAGGCUACUUUUAUAUUUUUUUAAACCGUGGAAGCUCUGGACUGCAGAACCGGCUGCAAAAGAGGUCCAGGCACAGCUAUAAAUGUCACGUUUCAGAGCACAGCAAAGCAUUCCUAGCAAUGGCCAUGCGUUCUCCUGCAGAAAAUGGAGCUGGAAGUGGGAGAGCCAGAAUUGCCACACUGCUGUUGACUAAACAGAUGCUGUCCAUAUGUUGGAUGCAUCAGCUAGCUGGGGCCUAGGAAAAGCUGCAAUAGUUCUGGCUUCCCUUUUCUCCCAUCCAGCGUGGGCACAGUAAGUAUCACAGGUGCUAAAUUAGAGGAUAAACAAAGAGAUAAGCAGCCAUUCAAGGGUGAAACCAUUUCGGAAGUGAUAGUGGUAAUUCAAGAAAUUUUUAGCAAUGGCUUCAGGCUUCACUUCCCAGACCUUUGUUCUCCUAAGCAAAGUUUAUUCUUUCACAUGAUGGAUUCUGUUAACCAUACACACACAAAGUUCUUGUAUAACUAACCUGAACCUUCGACUUUAAAUGCUCUGCCAAGUCCCUUACAAGCCCCCUUUCUCUUGAGGCAGAAGAUACAUUAUACUCAGUAAUGGAGCAAAACAACAACAGUGUAGAUGAUUUCUCCUUGAAUGUCUUUUCUGUUACUCCUUGUCAGACAAACAGAUCUGAUGCCCUGGUGUCAGACGGGGAUAAAGCUGGCACCACUCUGCUCUUUUCAGGUGUGUUUUUGGGACUGGUGGGGAUCACUUUCACCGUGAUGGGAUGGAUAAAAUACGAUGGCAUUACUCACCUGGAAUGGACUCAGUUACUAGGACCUAUUCUGCUGUCUGUUGGGGUGACUUUUAUUCUGAUCGCUGUUUGCAAAUUUAACAUGCUCACAUGCAAGCCCUGUAAAGAAAGAGAGGAAAAUGUGUCAGACCUCGACCAGACUGCAAGCGGGCAGUCCUUUGUCUUCACCGGCAUUAACCAGCCUAUAACUUUUCAUGGUGCCACAGUGGUACAGUACAUCCCUCCACCGUACCCAUCCCAGGAAGGCAUUCCUGUGAGUCCCAGCUACCUUCACCCAGUGCUUAGCUGCUGCAGUGCUGUUUCCUCCAGUGCCUCUCCAGUUCCCACCCCAGGCUCUCCUCACUUCUGCCCUGCUUACCCUCUGGAUAACCUGGCUUUUACUGGAGAUGAGAACUACACCACUUAUCCUGCAGAGAAUACCAGGAAUCACAGGUCAGAGGACAGUUCUAAUGAGCCAGAAGAACUGGGGGAAGACUGUAAUAACUUGUCACCUCCACCUUAUGAGGAAAUAUACCCACUGUCUUCAUGAAAUCACCAUGGGCAACAGAUGACAAUUCUAAGAAAUGCCAACAUGAAUCCCAGAAAAUCUUUUCUUUAAGCACUUGUGUGAUAAGCAGGUGUGAGCAAGAUCUUGGUAUUGAUACACAGUUCAGUAUCACUGAAGAUAUUUAUCCAAUCCCUUCUUUUUCUCUGUCAAAAUUCAUUAGCCCUUUGUGAUGCAGUUUAAUAGCAGAGCUAUUAAUUAUUUAAUAGCAAAACUAUUAAUAGCAAAGCUAUUAAACUCAGGGAUCUAAGUCCCUACUAGGACUCCCCAGUAAGAAGCUUGAUUGCUCCUGGACAUUCAGCAUCACUGGAAAACAUUUGACUUAUUCUUGAUAUAUUUUUACUCUUGAUUGCUUGGGAAACUUCAAAAGUGCUCAAGUGUCUGAUCCAUGAAAGUGCAUAUUAUAUCUUAAUUCUGUCUGAUUCUUUAGACUAGCUUACUCAUUAAUAAGUCCAGUCUACAGAUUAGACUCCCUCUGCUUGGUUUAUCUGCACAACCCAGUCCUGUAGCACAGCUCAGUUCUGUAGGCAUUUUUGGGGCACCCUGCUUAAACCAGAACAUCUCAGAACAGAGAAAAUACAAAUAGUGACUUCUGCCCACUUUACACAGAUCUCUAAGAGAUCUUGCAUGCGUCAAAUUCAGUUCCCUUCUCCACCUGCUGGGAUGCAAAGCACUGUCUCCCACCAGAAGUCCAAAUAAUAACUACUAGGUUAAUGUCUCUAAAGAAAACGGCACCUUUCUGAAGCCUUGACAGGGGUGUGUGGUCCUACCACUGUUAAGGACUUUGACAAUCACAGCUUCUACCUGCUGCACCCUCACUCUGUGGUAGAGCACACAACUCAGUCUGUAGGUUUCCCCAGAGCAUUCAGGCAACUAUGGGCCACAGUGAACUUUCUUGUGCAAGUUCAGUUUUCAAGAUCAACAUGGUUCCAGGCAUUGUAUCCACAACAAUGUAUUAGCUCAGUUGGUUAGAGCACAGUGCUAAUGAAUACCAAGGUUGUGGGUUGGAUCCCUAAAUGGGCCUUUCAUUCAAGUGCUGGACCUGAUGAUACUUGUGGGUCCCUUCCAACUCAGAAUAUUCUGUGAUCCUCUAAAGUGUGUUUACAGCUGCAUCUAACAAAGAAUAUAAGCUCUGAAAUUUUGCAAUCCAGAAUGAAGGUCCAAAAAAACUUUGCUCAGGGACUGUUUAAACCCCAGAGCAAUGAGAUUGCUGUGAGUCUCUAUGUUUUUAUUUUGUAUUUCCACACUCUGUGCCUAGAAGUGCCCUGACACAGCUGGACAAGCCAGUAUUUCCCUAUGCAGAAUCCUGUCAGGUUUGUCUGUCUGUCUCGAAGGGCUCAACCCAAAAGCUGUUCUCAGCCCUCACUUGCGGGAGUGGACAUCACACAAAAUGCUCUAGAGGUAAUGGUCACCAAAUGGUCAUCCAAAGUAACCAAGUGGUGCACUGCUGUUGGGCCUGUGGGUCAGUCUCCAAGCCUGGCCUAGCACAGCUAAAAGCAGGUGCCCAUUAUGGAAUGGAUCAACUUUCUCUUACUUGUCAACGCAGCUUUCUCAGCUCUUGCCAGAUUUCAUCUGUGAUUGAUCUCAUUCCUAAGGGCUGGAGAAGCUUGGCACUUGAGCACUGACAGUUGCAUACCAACCGGAUGUAUCUGACAGCUUGAAGUCAUGGAGUUUCCAUGCAGCCUCCCUAGGCUCUGGGUGCAGUGGUGCAUUCAGAACAUUGUCCAGUUGCAUGGAGCUGCAGGUGCACACCAACCUCCUUGUCCUGUAUACAUAGAGGUUGCCAAGAAAUAAAGCAUUUUUGGAGGGACAAAAGCCAACCACUGCACUCCACAGUGGUGGACAGACGCUGACAGAGGUCAUAUUUGAGUCACAAAAUGUAAACUGACUCAAAGUUGGAUUAGCAACUGAAGCAGCAACUACGAAACAGUGACUACAAACUAUGUGCGGGGUUUUUCUCACUAGAGAAAUAUGGGGCGUGCUGGUUUUCAGCAGCGAUGGCUGGAGUUAGCAGGUAGGCACGUGUGGUUGGAGAAAGGGAGGCAUGCUGUUUUCAGUAUGAUCUCUAUGGGAUUGAGUGAGAGAACAGAAGAUCUAAAAAUAAAUGCAAGUUUCUCUUA